AUGCUUAUGCAGGCUUCCAUUGUAACCGUCACUCUCGGUUAUUUCCAACAUCUGAUUACCCAGGCGUCGCCGGUGCCGUUUGGAUCUAUUUUCUUUCCAUAUCAGAUCACACAGAUGAACUACCUGUGGAGUCAAGAAUUCCUCGCGACAUUGAACUCACCUCAUUUUGCCGGGUUGAAGAAAAUUGUUUUUGUGUUGUUCGUUCCAUCAAGCAUUCUGCUCGCUGCUGGCGUCGGACCUUGUUCUGCGAUUGCUCUGCAACCAAGACAAACCAACUUCACAGUCCCGAGCUAUCGCGUUGCGAUGAACGCCACAGAUAUUCAACUCUACCCAACUAUAUUGGAUCAGCCCGGACCACCGCUAGCAUUCAGCUUGCCCUCGCGUAAUGAAUUAUCACCUGCUGCUGGAUGGAAAUAUCUCCAUAACUUCCCUGCGGUCGGGUCAGAUCAAAAUACCGAAGUCGGGGCGCAGCAGAAGGCCGUCAGCCUGGGAAAACAAGGGGAAACCACUAUAUAUGUCAUGCCGCAGCUGUAUUCCGCAGAAUUAGUGACCUACCACCCCUGGUUCGCUACUAACUCUUUCCCUUCCGUCUCGAGGACGAUGUACAUUCAGUAUGCGCCAAACAGCACUUUUGCUACAGUCCCUCACGUUACAAUAGCGCAGUCCAUGUUGCUUGCAGGAACCAGAUUCGCCCAGCACUUAGGUGACAAGCCUGGCACUGCUAUUGCGAGUAUCGAAGAGCCACAGCCAUUUUCCAGUGUCCGAUGCAUGUUCAAUCCCAUCCAUGGAGAGAAUGAUACCGAUCCAAUUCAAUUCCCAAACACUUAUGUUGCUGGCUGCCUUGGUGAUCUUGAGUGUUUGAAGGCAAACAGCGCUCUCAACGAAGCAGGUAAAAGCAAUUUUAGUGGAAUUUCGAAACAAAGUAUUUGGGAACAGGCCCAGCAAAUCCCUGGAGGGCGCAUCAUCUGGGUCGAUGGUAUCGAAAUCUCCAGUCCAGAUAAUGGAACGGCUCUUGGAGCUAUAGUUAUACCGUCCGAAGUGUGCCCUCAAUCCAAUAUUUCCUCUCUCAUGGUCUCGGCGUGUGUUAUAGGUGGUAGAUGGGCGAGCACGAAAUCCUUCAUCCGAUCGACAUCCAACGGGCUGGACUUGCUUAAUGGAUUAGUAGAGAAUUUGGUGUCAGUGGAUUCGCUCGCAGAGCUCCCUCAGUGGUCCAAUCCAUCGGUGAAACUUUCGAAAGCAUGGGCAGAAAGCCUGGAAGCGAUAACGGACGUUCUCAAUCGCACUGUGGUUGAUAACCUCAUCCGCCAGAUGCCCAUCACGGAUAAUAUAUGCCCGAAUGGGACCUCCGAAGGGCGUUAUCAAAUCAGUCUGCGUCGGCCGUUCAUGUAUGAGAGGCUCCUCGCAACUUUGGUUGCCAAUGGAAUGUCUCACGCAGCGGGAGCGAUCGAAGAGUGGUUCUGGUAUCCAUCUCCAAAGCAGACAGGGGGCUGGGUAUUCACCGAUCCUAACACAUUCGAGCAGAAAAGCCAGAAAAGCCCGCCAGGAGUCGUUCUUACAUUCGAAGGUCAUCUCCCCGGCUUCGCCUGGAACCUAGAUGGUAUUCCAAUCAAGAUUGUUCUUCCAGUGCUGAUGGUUUACUGCCUCUACACCCUUUCGUACGUCCUUUUCACAUUUAUCACCGGUCGCAGUUCAAUGGCGUGGCGAUCGAUCUCCCAGAUGACCGCUCUCGCUAUCAAUUCCACACCUACCGAUGUACUGGAUAAUACGAGCGCUGGAAUCGAACACAAAAAGACCUUUGCAAAGCCGAUUAGUGUCAGGGAGGUCGAAAAUCAUCGCCGGUUAGAGUUGAUAUUUACACAGGACGAGGAUAAGAGGGGACCUUUAAGGAGGGUUAAUGUCGGCCGCGGUUAUUAG